AUGCUCUGUUCAAGGGUGUCCUGGCGAGACUUAUGCACACUUAGGGUUACAUCUAAAACCGUACGGGAUCAACUAGACAGAGAUGAAAUCUGGGCGGCAGCAGCAGCUGAGGCGAGCAGGCAGGGCGACAUCAAGCUGCCCCGGGCACGCAAGACGUUUGCAGGCUUGGGGGUGGUGAUAAGUGGACAGGGGAUAAGCGGACAGGCGAUAAGCGGGCAGGCAAUAAAUGGACAAACGAUAAGCAGUCAGGCGAUAGGUGGUCAGGCAGCGAGCGGGCAAGCGAUAAGUGGGGAGGCCAUAGGUGCGCAGGCGAUAGGUGGGCAUGCGAUAGGUGGGCAUGCGAUAGGUGGGCAUGCGAUAGGUGGGCAUGCGAUAGGUGGGCAUGCGAUAGGUGGGCCUGCGAUACGAAGCAGUCAGGUGAUAGGCGAUCAGGCGACAAGCGUUGGUGUGGGGGAUGCGGAGUGCCGAGAGGAAGGUGGUGCAGGGGAUGCGUGGUGGCAGCAGCACCUGUUGCUGCUGCAGCAACAGCAACGCACCCACAUACCCAUGCACUACCUAUUCAAGUCUCUCAUCCUGUCGUCGCGCAUACGAGAGAAGCUACCAGUGCUGUCACCCGCCUUCGACUUCCUGCAAUCUACUCUGGACCUAUGGUGGGGGGAUGAGAUGGAUAGGUGGUGGGGAGACAAGAAAAAGAAGCAGCAUGAACUGGGGGAAAAGGUUCGUUGGGUGGGUUAUCAAGUAACGAAGGGGACACCUGGGGAAGUUAGGGAAGGGAGGAGGAGUAAGAGGAGGAGGAGAAGCACUAGAAGUAGGAGUGAGAACAUUAGGAGGGUGGAAUUGGGAGGUGUGAGUGGUGGAGGGAGGGUGGUUGGGAGUGUGAGGGAGUCUGAAAGAGAGGAGGAGGAGGAUGGGGGUGGAAGGAACAGGGGCAGAGAAAGGGGUUUUAUUGAGGGGAAGAGGGGCAGUCAGGGCGAGGCAGCAGCAGCAGCAGCGUCUCUUCUGGUGGAGGCUCUACUGGCCUACCCCCUCCUGUCGCUGCUGCCUUUUGCGCCCCUGCCUGUUGGUGGUGCGAAGGAGGGGGAGGAUGGGGAGGAGUCAGAGGAGGAGGGUGAUAAGGAGGGAAAGGAGAGAGAAGAGAGAGAAGAAGGCAAGGAGGAAGAGGGGGAAGAGGGGGGAGAGGAGGAUGUGGAGGACGAAGAGGGCGAAAAGGAGGAGGAAGAGGAGGAAAAGGAGGAGGAAGAGGAGGAAGAAGAGGAAGAGGAGGAGGAGGAAAAGGAUGAAGAGGAAGAGGAGGAGGAAGAAGAGGAGGAAGAGGGAGACACGGAUGAGGGAGGGGAGGAGUCAACUACAGCAGCAGCACAGGAGGAGGAUGAAUUAGACCUUGCAACGGUCCAGGCACAUGAUUCGGAUGCGGUGAGGCGGGCAGUUAAAAAACUUACUAGUUUCAACUGGGCUGUGGCUUAUGAGGGGCUGGCUGUGGUAUUUGGGAGUAGGGCAGAUAGGAUUGCUUGGGAGGUGGGGGGUGGAUGGGGAGGAGAGGGGUCGAGAGAGAAGGGAGAGUUGGGAGGAGAGGGGAGGGAGGAGGGGUGUGAGGAACGGUAUGGAGCAGCAAGUGAGAGGGGGGCAGCAGAGAAGCGUUAUAUAUCCGUAGGUGAGGAGGGAGAGGAGUGGAGAGGGGAGUGCGUAGAGAGAAAGUAUAGGAGGGAGGAGGAGGAGGAUGGAGAGAGGGAUGGAGAGAGGUACAAAGGAGGAGGAGGAGGAGGAGGAGGAGGAGGAGGAGGAGGAGGAGGAGGAGGAGGAGGAGGAGGAGGAGGAGGAGGAGGAGGAGGAGGAGGGGAGGAAAGACGAGAAGGGAUGGAAAAAGGAGAAGGGAAGGGAGGUGGGAAUGGAGGAGAGGGAGUAAGGAAGGAGGAGGAGUGGGAGGAAUGGGAUAGAGAGUGGGCAAUAGAGGAUGCAGAGAAAGUGAGUCGGUUGCUGGUAGGGGGGAAGAGGAAGCGGGGAGGAAGGGGAGACGGGAAGAGAGUGGAGGACGAGAAGGGUGAGAGUGAUGCGAGAUACACGAGGAUAAAGAAAGAAGGAAAGGGAGUGAGGCAGGAAGGUAUGUUUGGUUCAAAACUCCCAAGGAAAGACCCCCGAAAGAAGGAGCUGGCGUUUGAAGCGAAAGGGGAAGGACGUGAGGAAGAAAAUAUUAGUCCAAGAAGGCUACAGUUUGGAGCAGGCGGCGGUAUGGGUGUUCAAGGUGCAAUUUCUGCUGCAGUUUCAAGGGAGGGAGAAACUUUUGAGAAUUCUCAACAGUUAGGGGCGGGCAAUAUGGGUGCUCAAGGGGUAACUUCUGCUGCAGUUUCAAGGGAGGGAGAAAAGGUGGAAGCAGCAGUGAGGUUGUGGCAGAGGGUGCUGCAGCAGUGGGGUGUGUACCGGAGGUGGCUCAAGCUGGUGGCGUUGCAUUGCCCCAACCUGCAGUUUGAAGUGAUGAUUGAACGCGCCAGGUCGAACCAUCAUUCGGCCACACCGACAGUCUAUGACAAGGGGGUCAUCAGCUUCAGGAGCAAUGUCCUUUUAGCCUUUGGCCUGCGCCGUCAGUUUCAAGAGUCUCUCCUUGUUCUCAUCGAUGCCGCUCACACUGCUUUCUAUGCCCCAACGCGCGCCGCUUCCGCUUCAAGUGCUGCUGCAAUUUUCCCUGAGACAGCGCACCUGGUUCCACUGCUAAAGCAGAUUAAGCAUCUCUUUCAGGAGCUGGACGUAGCUGAUGAUGCCACCCUCCCCCCCAUCACGCACACCCAGGCCAAGUUCAGGCGCUGUUUCUGCACCCUGCUUAAGAAAGAGCUCCCACCUGGCCUUUUAACUAAGCGCCGAGCCUCUGCCAUACAUCCCGCUGCUGCAACUGCUGGUGGCUUGGCUGGUGGGAAUAUUCCCUGUGCUGAACGUCUGAACAGUGGGAGUAGGAGCAGCAGGUGUAGGCGGUAUAAGCUGUACUUGUCGAAGCAGAGAGGAUGGAAGAAGGUUGCUCCAAAUUUUAAAUGA